AUGGACUUCAGCGCUAAAACCAUUCCACCUAAGGAAGCGCAAGAAGAAUUCAAGUCCGUAAUAAACACAUCCAUUGACACUUAUAAAUCGUUUAUCCCAUUCAUUAAGACUAGUUCAUACGAAAAACUAGUUAGAAUAACUUCUUACGUUCUAAAAUACAUAUCCAUCCUCUGGCGGAAAAGCAGAAAAGGCGAGUCAACCGAGGAGAACAGCCAUAGGAUCAUCACCUUGAUGUCGGAAACGCAAACGAUCACUACAAGCGACAGGAAAGCAGCAGAAAUUCUUCUACUUCGCGAACACUACCGCGAAGAAGUGCUUCAACUGCAAGGUCGCAUAGUUCAGCGUCUCCAGGUGUCGAUGUGCGACGAUGGAAUUUACCGUGGAGAUCUACGGAUGGCAAAUGCAGAGAUCUUGGACACAGCCAAGAACCCAAUUCUACUUUUGCCGAACCAUCAGCUCACCAGACUGAUCGUCACGGACUUCCAUCAGAAGCUAUUCCACGCCGGAGUUUCACACCUCAUAUCCGAACUCAGAAAUCAUUACCUCAUUCCGAGGGUUCGGAGAGUGGUCAACGCUGUCAUAGAGGCCACACUUAACACAAGGCCAAUUACUCCAGUUACCACGGACUCAACGGAAGAUUCAUUUGUACUACGGCCAAUCGACCUCAUUAACCCCUAUUUCACACCUCCCAACUCAGGAGCAUUCAACUCAAGUGACCGAUCAAUAAUCUCGGACUCACAUGAAGAAAUCAUCAAUUCGUAUGUACUACUACAGGACACCCUAAAUACAUUCUGGAACCAUUGGCAGAAGGAAUACCUUCAGAACCUUGCGGAAAGAAAUCAAAAAAGAUCAACUCUCAGACAAGGUGCCAAACACAUGCCAAAAGUCGGUGAUGUAGUACUCAUCAAAACGGAGAAUACACAAAGGUCGCAAUGGCCACUAGGUCUUAUAAUACAAAUCAAUGAAUCAGUCGAUGGAUCAGUUCGAUCAGUAAGGAUAAAAACAGGAAACAACAAAGUUCUCGAUCGAUCAGUCAAUCAGCUGAUCCCUCUGGAAGUAUGCGCAGCGGACACGAAAGAUCUACUACAGACAAAAAAGAAACAUCUUCCGACACGCAUCCAACCAGACAGAGCAGCGAAAAGACGAGUUUUCGUUGCUAUUAUGAGUUCGCCUGGUGGUAGUCCGAAGAAGGAUGCACCGAGCGCACCUCGCGGAUGGAGUCGUAGGAGAGGAGCUAGAGACAGUCCACUCCGCAGUCGUCUCGUGUCUCUCCGGUUCAACCCCGGGGUACAGCUAGUUCACGUCCCCCGUCCUCACGCCCGCAGGGCCAAAGAGGAGCUAGAGGUUCUUCACCGUUCGAGGAUCCCCUACUCAACAUGUCGUGGGCACAGCAAGUGCAAGCUGAAGCGGCAAGACUUCACUGCAGAAGCUUCCAAGAAAGAGAAGAAGGAACAGAAGAAGCAAGAGUCGGAAAGUUCAUCGGGAGUAGAGAAGCAAAGUGUCGAAAAGGAAAAGAACGAAGCCACAAGAGGAAGAGAUGGACACAUCCGAAGUAGUUCAGGCAGGAAGCUCUCUACAGCACGACGUCAACCCAAGCGAUUGGGAGCCCAACACAGCUAA